AUGUCACACCCUUUACGGUACGAUGGCCUGUGUGCAAUCUUCGUCCAUGCUGGAGCAGGCUUCCACAGCUAUGACAAUGAGAACAAGCACCUUGAAGCUUGCGAAAAUGCUACAAAGAAGGCCAUGGCAUUUUUGAGGAAUGGGGCCACCGCCGUUGAUGCUGUUGAAGUGGCUCUGAUGAUACUCGAAGACAAUCCCAUCACGAAUGCAGGGUUCGGUAGCAACCUGAACGCACAUGGAACUGUCGAGGGCGAUGCUUCAAUAGUUGAUCAUCUUGGACACAGUGGAGCGGCUGGAGCUGUGCAAAACGUCAAAAACCCGAUCAUGCUCGCCCGCAAAAUUUACGACAAAUCCAACGUUCAGCUAGGCAUGUCGAGAGUACCUCCUAACUUUCUUGCUGGGCAGGGCGCCAAAGAGUUCGCAUGGGAGCAUGGUGUGAUAAUCAUUCCCGAUGAAGGACUGAUCUCGCCAUCGGCCGAAACCCGGUAUAAAUCAUGGGCAGCAGAAGUUGCAGAGCACGAACGUAUCACGCACAGCGAAGAUGAACUUGAUUAUUGGUAUCGCCGACCCUUGACUCCUAUGGACGAACGCAUCAGGCGCCUUGAAGAGAGAGAUCGCCUUGAGAACCCCUACCAGCACUACCAGAGCAGAGUUAGAGACCCCAACCCAGACCCAGCAGAAGAACUCAGAGUCACCAGCACGCAGACUCCAGCUCCUGGCGGGAAGGGCCGCCCAGCAACAUCCCCAGCUCACAAAGAGACAAAAAAGAAGAAGAAGGCCAAGACCGGCAGAGCUCGCACACCCGGGCAGUCUGUCUCAUCAAUGGGCAUGUUCCCUGAUGGAAGCCACGAUGAAAGCUUCACGGCAGAUGAGAAGGAACCAAGGGAAGAUUCGAUCACUGACACCAUUGGCGCAAUCGCAAUCGAUAGGUAUGGAAACAUUGCCGCCGGCUCAUCUUCUGGCGGAAUAGGCAUGAAGCAUCGUGGUCGCAUCGGGCCCGCUGCUCUGAUUGGCAUUGGCACCCAUGUCAUGCCUGAAGACCCAGGUGACCCAGAUGGAACUUCAUGCGCAGUCGUCACAUCGGGAACCGGUGAGCUCAUUGGUUCAACACUGGCAGCCAGUACCUGCGCGCAGAGAAUGUUCUAUAACCAGCGAAAGGGACCCGGAUGUCAAUUCACUCAUGUUUUGGAGGAGGAUGCGCUCAGAUCAUGGGUGAAAAACGAGUUCACCGGUCAUCCAGCCGUGACCGACAGUUUUCUCUUCGGCGCCAUCGGAGUCAUGGUAGUCAAGAAGACCAACAGCGCCAUGGAACUUUACUUUGCCCACAACACCGAGUCUUUUGCUCUUGCCUCAUUUACCAGCAACGCCGAUAAACCGCGGAGUUUGAUGUCUCGUGGAGCCCGUGGAGCAAUCAGCCAAGGAGCCUCUAGGAUCAGGUUCCCCAACUAUCGUAAGGAAUCGAAGCGAUUUGAACAGAAUGUGCAUUACUAA